GAAAACGUCAUGGCAUACUGCCCAGCAGCAGAUAUUGCAAUCAAUAUCGAGACCGAUUUUACUGCCUGUUCAGUCAAAACUAAUACAAUCCGCGCCAAUGAUUAGCGAUAUCGCCUCAUGGCACCGAGGGCGAACAAUUAUUUUUAGAACCAUAUGAACCUGUGAUUAUUUGGACAAUCUGAUCCCCGUUUCCCAGCAAAGCAUUUUCUGGAGUUUCUUCAACAAAGCAUGACCCCGCCGACUGAUUCGCCAGAUACGAAAGAGGCGUUCAAUGUGGUUCCAAUUCAUAAGCAUAAGGAGUUGAUGGACCAGUGCAUAGCGCUUAUUAACUCCGAAUGGCCUCGAUCCUACACAGCCCGUCUUUGGAGCCUGGAGUCAUCGAAAGAAACACUUCCAACCAGCUUUGUGUUGACCGCGAAUGCCAAGGCAGGGGUUGUGGUGCUGGCCCACGCUAAACUGUCGCCAAUUCCAGCGGACCGUGAAGCAGUAUUCGUGGAGAGUGUGGUAGUAGCACGAGAACGCCGUGGUCAAGGUAUAGGUAAACUCCUUAUGCGUGAGGUAGAAAACCAUUGCUUCCAAAAUUUGCGCUUGAAAAAAAUCUAUCUUUCAACCAUCGACCAGGAAGCAUUUUAUACCAAGCUGGGUUAUAAGCUAUGCAGCGCUAUAAGCAUUUUCGGCUCACGACCAGCAGCCAACAAAAGCACAAAAAAAAUCUGGAUGUUCAAAAAUGCGCCAUGUUGAAAUGAGAGUUAUUACGGGUAUUUGAAACGUGUUUUCACCUUCCAAAGUUGGUUCUAGCACGCUACGGUUAUUGCAUAUCCUACAGUUAAGAAUAGCAUUUUUAUUUAUACUAGAACAAUUAUACGGUUUCGAAAUACUGAAAAAUGGGUUACUAACUUCAUUAUAAGGAAAUAAAUCGAGCU